AUGGCUCCUGUUCCUGUGCUGCUGCUGCUGGCCACUCUGGAGGAGUUGGUUGAAGCAGAAUUGAAGACAUUUAAAUGGCACCUGACCCAGGACCUGGUGAAAGGCUUUCCUCACAUCCCAGUGAGCCAGCUGGAGAACACUGACAGACUGGACACUAUAAAGAAGAUGGUGGAGACCUACGGUCCUGAGGGAACUGUGAAGAUCUCACUGGAGAUCCUGAGGAAAAUGAGCCAGAACCAACUGGCUGAAACGCUAAAGAACGAGUAUGAUGAGGGUUAUCUCAAGAAGAAGUACGGCUGUAUAUAUGAGGGGACGUCAAAGGAAGGGGAUUUUAUCUAUCUAAAUCAGAUCUUCACUGAGCUCCAUGUGUUCGAGGGGGCCUGGGGAGGGGUUAGAGAUGAGCAUGAGGUCAUACAUCUGAACAUCAGAACACCAGCCACAGGAGAGACCACUGUUGAAGUCAAAAACAUUUUCAAACAACAGUCCGAUCAAAAGAAGCCAAUCAGAACAGUUCUAACGCAGGGCAUUGCCGGUGUAGGAAAGACUGUCUCUAUUCAGAAGUUUAUUCUAGACUGGGCAGAAGAAAAGGAGAACCAGGACAUUGGUUUCAUCUUUCCACUUCCUUUUCGCCAAAUCAACUCUAAUAUAGGGGAAGACGACUGCAGUCUGAUUGAACUGCUUCAUCAAUUCUUCCCUGACAUGGAACCAAUCAAGAGUCUAAGGAACAAGUCUAAAGUUCUGUUCAUAUUUGACGGUCUGGACGAGUGUCGACUCCGUCUAGACUUCAACAAUAAGGUCCUGACAGAUGAAACAAAGCCAGCCUCUCUGGACGAAUUGAUCACAAACCUGAUCACAGGUGAGCUUCUGCCUUAUGCUCUCAUCUGGAUAACCUCCCGGCCUGCAGCAACCAGUAAGAUCCCUCGAAAAUACAUCCAGCAGUGGACAGAGGUACGAGGGUUCAAUGACCCACAGAAGGACGAGUACUUCAGGAAAAAAAUCAGUGAUGACAACCUGGCCAGCAGAAUUAUCACACACAUGAAGUCAUCGAGGAGCCUACACAUAAUUUGCCACAUACCAGUGUUCUGUUGGAUAUCAGCCACUGUUCUAGAGAAACUGUUGGGGGAAGCAGAGAGAAGAAAGAUACCUAAGACUCUGACUGAGAUGAACAUACAUUUCCUGAUCUUUCAGAUAGACAGAAUGAGAGAAGCAGAAAAUUCCACAGGAAGUGGAAUUGGCAUAGUCCUUAAACUUGGAGAGCUGGCAUUCCGUCAGCUGGAGAAGGGACAUCUUAUCUUCUACAAGGAAGACCUGAGAGAGUGUGGCAUUGAUGUCACAGAAGCAUCAGUGUACUCAGGUUUAUGCACUGAGAUCUUUAAGAUGGAGGGAAGGACGUGUCAGAAAACUAUGUUCAGCUUUGUGCAUCUGAGCAUCCAGGAGUUUCUUGCUGCUGUAUACGUGUUUUUCACAUUCAUAAACUGCAAUGAGAACCCACUGGUCAAACAGAACACCCUUGUCAAACUUUUGAAAUGGCGGAAACACCAACAACCUAUGAUUGACUUAUACAAGAGUGCAGUAGAUCAGGCCUUACAGAGUGAGAAUGGACACCUGGACCUUUUCCUCCGCUUCCUUCUGGGCCUCUCACUGGAGUCAAAUCAGACUCUCCUACAAGGCCUACUGAACCAGACAGGAAGAAGCUCACAGACCAAUGAGAACAUAAUUGAAUACAUCAAGAAGAAGAUCAGGAAGAAUCCCUCUCCAGAGAGAUGCAUCAAUCUGUUUCACUGUCUGAAUGAACUCAAUGACCAUUCUCUGGUGGAGGAGAUCCAAACCUACCUGAGCUCAGGAAGUCUUUCAGAGGCCGAACUUUCACCUGCACAGUGGUCAGCUCUGGUGUUUGUGUUGCUGACUUCAGAAGAGGACCUGGAUGUGUUUGACCUAAAGAAAUACUCCAGAUCAGAGGAGGGUCUUCUGAGGUUGUUGCCAGUGGUCAAAGCGUCCAGAAUAGCUCUGCUGAAUGGAUGUAACCUCACAGAGAAAUGCUGUGAAGCAUUGGCCUCAGUUCUCAGCUCAAACACUUGUCACAUGAGCGAGCUGGACCUGAGUAAAAACAAGCUGCAGGAUUCAGGAGUGAUGCUACUCUCUGCUGGACUGGAGAGUUCACAUUGUAAACUUGAGACACUGAGUCUGAAUGGAUGUCACCUCACAGAGAUAAGCUGUAAAAUGUUGUCUUCAGUCCUCACGUCUUCACACCUGAGAGUGCUGGACCUGAGUGACAACAAGCUGGAGGAUUCAGGAAUGAAGCUGCUCUCUGCUGGACUUGCGACUCCACACUGUAAACUGGAGACACUGAGGUUGUCAUUCUGUGGAGUCACGAAGGAAGGCUGUGCUUCUCUGGCUUCAGCUCUGAGGUCAAACCCUUUCCAUCUGAGAGGGCUGGACCUGAGCUACAAUCACCCAGGAGACUCAGGAGUGAAGCUGCUCUCCGCUGGACUGGAGGAUACCAUGUACAAACUCCAACAUCUGAAUCCAAACACAGCACACAUAUACCUCUCUCUGUCUGAGGAGAACAGGAAGGUGACACGGGUGAAAGAGAAGCAGCCGUAUCCUGACCAACCAGGGAGAUAUGACUACUGGCCCCAGGUGCUGUGUAGAGAGGGUCUGACUGGACGCUGUUACUGGGAGGUAGAGUGGAGUGGGGAUUGGGCUCUUAUAGCGGUGACAUAUAAAAGAUUAUACAAGACGGGAAGGAGUCGGCUUGGAGCCAGGGACACGUCCUGGAGGCUGGACUGCUGCGGUAACAGUUACACUGCCUGGCACAAUAAUGAAAACACCGACAUAUCUGUUUCCUCCGCCUCCCACUCCAAAAGAGUAGGAGUGUAUCUGGACUGGCAGGCUGGCAUUCUGUCCUUCUAUAAUGUCUCCUCUGACACACUGACCCACCUGCACUCAUUCAAUACCACAUUCACUGAGCCCCUCUACCCAGGGUUUGGGGUUAAGUUUGACUCUUCACUGACCCUGUGUGAUGUAGAUACCAAAGACUUCAAAGCAACUCAACCAUAA